GGGGGAAGUAUACACUUUUUAGCUUUAGCAGGAAAUUAUUGAAAGCGGUCGUCACUAUAGUAAAACUCAACUAGAUAUUGUCAUUUAACCAGUCAUAGUGCACCACGACGACAUGAAGUUUCCGCGUUGUGAUUCCAUAGGCUGCAAACAAAUUAUUUCAGUGAGAACGGAGUAUAAGAUUGAGAUCAUAGACGUCGAAGCUAAGAAAGCUGAAAAGCCUCUGUUGCAUCACCAAUUUUUCACUGGAAUUUAGUACUGGAAAUAGUAGAAGAAGAGAAAAAAAUGGGAGUUUUAUCGAUGGAAUCACUGCCUCUGGGGUUUAGGUUCCGGCCAACUGAUGAAGAGCUCAUCAACCACUACCUUAGGCUCAAGAUUAACGGCCGCAAUUCUGAGGUCGAGGUCAUCCCCGAGGUCGACGUUUGCAAAUGGGAGCCCUGGGAUUUGCCUGGGUUAUCUGUCAUUAAGACGGAUGAUCCAGAAUGGUUCUUCUUUUGCCCACGUGACCGGAAGUAUCCCAACGGCCAACGUUCCAAUCGGGCUACGGACGCGGGCUACUGGAAAGCAACGGGCAAGGAUCGCACCAUAAGAGCUCGAAAGUCAGGCUGCAAUCCCACCUCCAUUGGCAUGAAAAAAACCUUGGUUUUUUAUAGAGGCCGUGCUCCAAAAGGUGAGCGAACCAACUGGAUUAUGCACGAGUACCGGGCUACCCUUAAAGAUCUUGAUGGUUCUGCCCCUGGCCAGGGUGCUUUUGUCCUCUGUCGCUUGUUCCGGAAGCCAGAAGAGAAGAUUGAAAUUGUGAAAUAUGAUGAAGUAGACCAAAGUGGAUAUUCACUUACCACUUCUAAGUCCUCACCUGAUGAUACAUCAUCAGAUCUAGUUCAAGAAACAGCAACAUCUGCUGUACAACCAAGAAAACCAUCUGAAGGUAUAGGAAGGUGGCUGAUAGAUGAGACAGAUAACAUGACAACCCCUAGUGCUUUGCUACCUGUUGAUAGCUGCUGCAAUAGUCUUUCAGAUGUUGAAGAUCAUGUAGCAGAAAUGACAACUAUGGUACAUCCACAGCUAGAAGAAAAUUCUUGUCAAUUUGGGGCUACACCUGGUGAAAUUGAUUGCAAAGUGUUCUCACCGAUGCAACCACAAAUCCAAGAAGACAUAGCACACUACAUGGAUUCUCCUUAUGCCGAUUUCGGCAAUGAUCAUAAUGGUUUCCAUUUUCUGGAUGGAACUAGUGAACCUGAUGUCUCCUUAACAGAGUUGUUGGGUGAGGUCUUCAAUAACAACGAUGACUUUUCUGGCGAAGAAUCAACUAGCCAGAAGAAUCCUGCUGUUGGAAGUGAGACUGAUUUAUCUGGGCAUAGACCACCAGUUAACUUCCGUGUUAUGGAUAGUGGCAUAUGCCAUGGAGCUGACACAGAAAUGGCUCAAGUCCAGAUGCAAGCUUCAUUUGGAUCUUGGGGAGCUCAAGCAUCGUCCUUCGAUUUUGAUGGACAACUUGGAAGUAGAAAUGCUGGUGGCCUUGCAAAUUCUGUUGGACAAGAUACUCAAUUUGCCAUUUCUGCAGUGGGCUCAUCUUUUGGUGUAUUCAAUAGUAUGGAUGAAUCAAGCAGGCUAAUGAAUCCUAUGAACCAUGACAGUGCUGUCGGUGGUACUGGAAUCAAGAUUAGAGCCCGCCAGCCUCAGGUGCGUCCUUGUACAGAUGGCUUUGCCAUUCAAGGAACUGCUCCUAGAAGACUCCGCUUGCAGAAGGAAUUUUCUGCUGUUCCUCACGGAAACAGAUUGGAGAAAGAUAAAAAUCAUAAUGAAGAUGAAGAUGAAGAGGAAGAUGAAGAUGAAGAUGAAGAGGAAGAUGAAGUGCAAUCAGCAGUAGCCGAGGCAAGAGAUGCAGGAUAUAAUCCGGAUUCAGAUAAGUUGCUGGCGGAAAGCCAAUUGCAUAAUUCUGACAAGGGCAUAGAAAUUGCCAGGGAAUCUUCGUCAAAUUUGAGGUCAAGGGUGAAACACACUGGUAAAUCUGGGGGCGGCGAGAUAGGAUCAUCAGCAUUUCUUGAUUCGGCUCCUGAAGACCAUGGGCACAGCUCGUCAUCAGUAUAUAUUCUGGGAGUUGUACUAGUUCUUAUCUUGUUUGUACUUCUUCUUGGAAUUUGGAAAUGCUUGUAAUGGUAUAGAAUCCUAACUUGGUAAGAAGAGGGUAGUUUUAUAGACUUCAUUCAAAUCCUUGCGCGUCUGUAAUCAUAAAGUGGACAAAUAUUGGAUGACUUCUCUUGUUAUGUAGCCUAUAUUAGUUUAUUUUGUAAAAAAUAUCCAAGUGAUGUGUAUGACACAGCCAUAUUGAAUCAAAAUUUACAACUAAUGUAUUAUUAGAACUUUAGUGA